AUGGACUAUCAGUAUCUCACAAGCCGGAUCGAAUCCUUCUCCCCGUCGAAGCAGAAGCGCCCCAAAGCGUCCUCCAGCAAGCAAUCGUUGAAGUGGCCUCACCCCUCAUCAUUCAAAGCCACCCCAGACAGCCUCGCGGAAGCCGGCUUCUAUUACAACCCCGGCUCAGACUCCCCUGACUGCGCAACAUGCUAUAUGUGCAACAAAUCAAUAGACGGAUGGGAGCCUGAGGAUGAUCCGUUCGCAAUACACUACGAGAAGUGCCAGGAGACCUGCGCCUGGGCAGUAGUACGGUGUCAGAGUGCGAUGGGCGAGAAGAGCUACAGAUUUACGGAUCCGGCGCGUCACCCAGCCAGUAAGACCAUGGAAAAGGCGCGUUUGGAGACAUUCUCCAAGUCCAAGUGGCCGCACGACGCCGUCAAGGGCCACGGGGCCAAUUCUAAGGCCUUAGCGAAAGCGGGCUUUGUAUGCAGCUCUGACAGUCCGGGUGACGAUACCGCCAUCUGCUUGUACUGCAACCUAUCGUUGGGUGGCUGGGAUGAGGAUGAUGAUCCAUACGAGGAACACGUGAAGCGGAAGCUCAAGAAAUGCUCGUUCCUCAAGGCAGCGACGGAGGAGUCCCUUCUCGGUCAGUCCACAGCGAAGAGGCCAGCAUCCAAGACGGCCCCAAAACCGUUAUCUCGCUCCGUGUCACAAAAUCUUCGCAACGCUCCUCCACCCCCGCCACCAGAAGAACUCUCCGAGGACGAGCUUAUAUCAUCAGAGCUCUCUCCGCCUCCUAAGACGUCAAGUUCUCGCGCAAGAGGAACACCGGUCAAGACCCCCGCGUCACGUCGAUCGACGAGAGGUACGACAAAAACUCCAGCGAGCCGGACUGUCAGCUCCGAGGUCGAAGAUGACGACGCCGGCAAGCGGUCGAGCAAAGGCAAGAGGAAAACCGGUGCGAUUGCGGAAGAGGCCGACGAGGAAAUGGAGGUGGACGGGCUUGAAGCCGAGCCGCAGGAGAAGAAGAAGCGGGGAAAGCCUCCUGCCAGCAAGGCUCGGAUGAAGAAGGCACAGAUGCAGGAGGAAGAGGUUGACGUCGUCGAGGACAGCGAUGUCGAGCCAGUUCCUCCUCCUGCAAAGAAGUCCCGCAGCAGAAGCCGUUCGAAAGUCGUUCAAGAUCCGGAGGUUGAAAGCAUCGCUGCCCCUGCACCCAAGAGCUCGCAUACACGAACCAAGUCUACGUCGAAAGCUAAGGCAAAGCCGAAGCCAGACGAAAUAGAAGAAAUAGCGCCUCCUCCCGCAGCCACCUCGAAGAAGAAUGGCAAGCAGCCCGCAAACACGGCACCCAGCGAUGACGACGUGGUGUCUGCACCUCCACGGAAGCUCAAGGGGAAAGCUCUGCCUCGCACCAAAGCCAAACCGGUUGAGGGAUCCGAUGAAGAAGUGAGGGAGGAGCGGCCACGUCAGCGACCUCAGGGCGCCCAAAGUACCACAUCUCAGCAACGGCAACCCUCCGCGGAACGGAAGUCGUCUCUGUCCGAGGAUGCAGGUUACGCGACCGCUGAGCCCGCGCCAGAGCCAGAUCAAAUGGACGUGGACGACAACUCAAGACCCCCCGCUCCCCUACCCAAGUCGAAAGCGAAGGCUUCGGCUCGGCCCACGUCAGGUGGGGUCGUUGAGAAGAGUACCGCAGCGAAACGGCCUCCGUCGGCCGCGAACGGGGAAUCCUCCAGGGCUUCGACCUCGCGUCCUCCGAGCAAGGUCAGCAAGAAUUCGCUCCAGGUGGUUGAAAUCGAGACAGAGGGUGAAGACGCUAGCGAGAACGAAGUGCGCCCCAAAAGUCGCUCUAAAGGCAAGGCACCUGAAACAGCGACCGGCAAGACUGACAAGGUGACUCAUAAGCCUGCGGAGAAGACGACAAUCUCCGUGCCGAAGAUACCUCCUCCAGAGCAGGAAGACGAGCCUAUGGAGGACACAAGACACAGCAAUGCACGCGAUUCGGGAGCCAGCGCCGCGCCCGGCACGCCCGUCUCCGCCGUCCAUCGCUCCGCGCAUCCCUCACCAGUCCGCCCGGACGACGAUGAAGACGACGUUUUUAUGGACGCUCGCGAAACGAUGGCCUCUACGGCUUCCGCCAAGGCUCCUUACCACCCUUUCCUUGCCGAGUUCCCCGCGGAGGAGCUCUCUCAUCUGACGGAAGAAGAGGCCAACAUGACCAUUGAGCAGUACAUCCGGCAUGAAAUGGAACGCCAGUACGUUCAGCUGAAGACUGACGGGGAGAGGCGGAUCGAAGAGUUCAAACGGAAGGCCGUGGAAACGCGAAAGGUGAUCGAGGCGUCUUAG